AUGCCUAAAGAGAAAGAUAAUUUGCUAGGACCAAGUAAUAGUCAGGAUAAACAAACCCUACCAAUAAUGCAACGCCCUACUCCGCCUGAAAUACCUUGGGUCACUACGACAAACUUUCACAGCUUACCUACACCCGCUCCUUCACCACAACUCUUUCCGCCUGUAAAUGCUGAAGGAUUUCCACCUUCAGCUCAAGAGGAGUUUAGCCGAACAGUCAGAAUGGGGUUUCAGAACAUGGACAAUUUACAGAGACAACGUCUCCUUGCUGAACUUUUAAACACUUGCAAUACUGAACAACUUGUUUUCGUGUCUAAUUAUAUAUCACCACGUUUGAAACGUGACUUUCUUAAGGACCUUCCAAUAGAACUUAGCCUGCAUAUUUUAUCAUUUAUAAAUGAUCCAAAAACACUUUCGAGAGCAUCAAGUGUUUCUAAAUUCUGGCGGUCUUUGUUAAAUGACGAGUUCACUUGGAAAAAUCUCUGUGUACGCCAUCAUUUUAGAAGACGAAGUUCUGCUGCACCCGAGUUACCACCCUCCCCAACAAGUGAAACUUCCUCUUCUGGAAACAACAAAUUUUCGUACAAAGAUCAUUUUCGAAGGCGAUAUAUUGUUGAAUCUAAUUGGAAACAUGGGGGGAGAACUCUUAUUACACAUAUAAGUCCUGAUAUUGGAGUUGUUACAUCAUUGCAAAUGUGUCAAAAUUAUAUAAUUGUGGGAAUGGAUAAUAAAAAAAUUCACAUAUUUGACGUAUCUGAUGGAAAAUACAUAAAGACUUUAUCAGGUCAUGAAGGAGGUGUAUGGGCAUUGCAAUAUAUUGACGAAGUGUUAGUCUCUGGAGGAGAAGUACGAGUUUGGGAUAUCGAUACAGCUGAAUGCAAACAUAUUCUUCAUGGUCAUACAUCAACCGUGCGCUCAUUAAAAAUGAAAGACAAGACAAUUGCUGUUAGCGGUUCUCGUGAUGCAACCCUGCGUGUUUGGAAUAUUAAAGAAGGUCGAUUGCUUCACUCGCUUGCUGGACAUCAAGCGAGUGUGCGAUGCAUGGAAAUAUGCGGAGAUAUCAUUGUUUCUGGAAGUUACGACUGCACGGCUCGUGUAAAUAUGGUUUGGGAUAUCGUAACCGGUGAAUGUUUACAUGUCCUUCAAGGACACUAUUCACAGAUUUAUUCCAUAGCUUUUGAUGGAGAAAAGAUCGUCACUGGAUCUCUUGAUUCUACUGCACGUGUUUGGUCACGUCAAACAGGUUUUUGUCUAGGAGUUUUACAAGGACAUACAUCACUUGUUGGGCAAUUACAAUUUUAUGAAUCAAUACUUGUCACCGGGGGUAGUGAUGGAGCAAUUCGAAUUUGGGAUUUAGAUACAAACCGUUGUGUUAAGCAUAUUGCAGCUCACGAUAAUUCAGUUACAUGUUUACAAUUUGACAAAAAACGGAUUGUUUCGGGUGGUAAUGAUGGACAUGUCAAAUUAUGGGAUCUUGAAACUGGUGACUUUAUUAGAGAAAUGACAACUGCAGGGAAUGCUGUUUGGCGAUUGGCAUUCCAAGAAACAAAAGCUGUUGUUUUAUUACAAAGGGAAGGAAAAACUGUAAUGGAAGUUUUAGAUUUCGAUGCACAGAAAUCAUAA